AUGUGCAGCUCCCGCCGCGCAGAUGUGCCUUCGGGCUCGACCAACGUCACCCAUGGUCGUGAGGUUCUGCCUACCAACGUCACGCCGGUGCACUAUGACCUUACCCUCGAACCCAAUUUUGAGACCUUCAAAUAUGACGGAACUGUGAUCAUCGAUCUGCAGGUCACCGAAGAUACCAACUCCAUCUCCCUCAACACCAACGAAAUCGACAUCCACGGCGCUGUUAUCUCGUCGGAAGGCUCCGUCGUCACAUCCUCCCCCGAUGUCUCCAUUAACAAGGAGAAGCAGGUGGCUACCGUCAAGUUCGCUGAGACGAUCCCCGCCGGAUCCUCUGCGCAACUGAAGCUGUCCUUCACCGGGAUCCUCAACGAUAACAUGGCUGGCUUCUACCGGUCGUCGUUCAAGCAGGCCAAUGGAGAGACCAAGUAUAUCGCCUCGACUCAGAUGGAGCCUACCGAUGCUCGCAGAGCUUUUCCCUGCUUCGAUGAGCCGGCUCUCAAGGCCAAGUUCACCGUCACUUUGAUCGCUGACAAGAGCAUGACGUGUCUGAGCAACAUGGACGUCGCGUCCGAGGUCGAUGUGCAGGGAGGUGCGAAGAAGGCUGUUAAGUUCAACACCACUCCCCUCAUGUCCACAUACCUGGUGGCUUUCAUCGUGGGCCAUCUUAACUACAUCGAGACGAAGGACUUUCGUGUCCCCAUCCGUGUCUAUGCCACUCCGGACCAGGACAUUGAACACGGCCGCUUCUCUCUGGAUCUUGCCGCGCGUACCCUGGCUUUCUACGAGAAGGCUUUCGACAGCGAGUUCCCGCUACCCAAGAUGGAUAUGGUGGCUGUGCCCGAUUUCAGCGCUGGAGCCAUGGAGAACUGGGGUCUGAUUACUUACCGAAUCGUUGAUGUCCUGUUGGACGAGAAGAACAGCGGUGCCUCUCGCAAGGAACGCAUUGCGGAGACUGUGCAGCACGAGUUGGCCCAUCAGUGGUUCGGAAACUUGGUCACCAUGGACUUCUGGGAUGGUCUCUGGCUCAACGAGGGUUUUGCUACCUGGAUGUCGUGGUACUCGUGCAACAGCUUCUACCCCGAGUGGAAGGUCUGGCAGACUUAUGUCAUCGACAACCUGCAGAGUGCUCUCUCUCUUGACUCGCUGCGCAGCAGCCACCCCAUCGAGGUUCCCGUGAAACGUGCCGAUGAAAUCAACCAGAUCUUCGAUGCCAUCUCCUACUCGAAGGGUUCCGCGGUUCUCCGUAUGAUCUCCAAGUACAUGGGAGAGGACGUCUUCCUUCAGGGUGUGCGUAAUUAUAUCAAGAAGCACGCCUAUGGAAACACCCAGACUGGUGAUUUGUGGUCCGCUCUCGCCGACGCCAGUGGCAAGCCGGUCGAGCAGGUCAUGGAUAUCUGGACCAAGAAUGUCGGUUUCCCUGUCGUCUCUGUCACGGAGAACGCGAAUGCUUCAUCCAUCAAGCUGAAGCAGAACCGUUUCCUGCGUACCGGCGAUGUCCGGCCCGAGGAAGACACAACACUAUACCCCGUUAUGCUGGGUUUGCGUACCAAGGAGGGUAUCGAUGAGGACACUCUGCUCAGUGAGCGCGAGGGCGAGUUCAAGGUGCCCGAUCUUGACUUCUUCAAGCUCAAUGCUGACCACUCCGCCAUUUACCGCACUUCCUACACGCCCGAGCGGCUGACCAAGCUUGGAGAAGCCGCCAAGAAGGGACUUCUGACUGUCGAGGAUCGUGCGGGUAUGAUCGCCGAUGCUGGUGCUCUGGCCGCAUCUGGAUACCAGAGCACUUCUGGCUUGCUGUCUCUCUUGAAGGGCUUCGACAGUGAGGCUGAGUUCGUCGUAUGGAACGAGAUCUUGACCCGCAUCGGUACCCUGAGAGCCGCCUGGCUCUUUGAGGACUCCCAGGCCAAGGACGCUCUCAAGGCGUUCCAGCGCUCUCUUGUCAGCUCCAAGGCCCACGAGCUCGGCUGGGAGUUCUCCGACGAGGACGGCCACAUCCUGCAACAGUUCAAGGCUCUGAUGUUCGGCAGCGCCGGCAUGGCCGAGGACCCCGUUGUCAUCAAGGCUGCGCAGGAUAUGUUCCAGCGCUUCGCUGCCGGUGACCUGAGCGCCAUCCACCCCAACAUCCGCGGCAGCGUCUUCUCGAUCGUCCUCAAGCACGGUGGAGAGAAGGAGUACAACGUCGUUUAUGACCGUUUCCGCAACGCCUCGACUUCCGACGAGAAGACUACCGCCUUGCGCUGCCUUGGCUCCGCCGAGGACCCGGCUCUCAUUCAGCGUACUCUGGGUCUGGCCAGCAGCGACGAAGUCAAGAACCAGGACAUCUACAUGCCUCUUGGCGGUCUCCGUGGCUCCACUGCCGCCAUUGAGGCCCGCUGGGAUUGGUUGAAGACCAACUGGGAUGCUAUCUACAAGCGUCUGCCUCCCGGACUGGGUAUGCUGGGCACUGUCGUCCAGCUCUGCACUGCCAGCUUCUGCACCGAGGAGCAGCUGAAGGAUGCGCAGGCCUUCUUCGAGAACAAGGACACCAAGGGCUACGACCGUGCUGUCGAGCAGAGUCUGGACGCCAUCCGCGCCAAGGUGCAAUGGCUGAAGCGCGACCGCGGCGAUGUGGCAGACUGGCUCAAGUCGAAUGGGUACCUCCGGGAUGGAAAGCUGUAA